UAGCUCUUCGGUGACUUUUGAGUUCCUCAAAACUUUUUUAACUUCUUUUUUUCCAGGGGGGUCCGUGAGAUGUGGCAACACUGGCAACGCUGCCCGAGAGAGAGGGAACCACCGUGGAACACCGCACCCACCUAACGGCACCUUUGGAGGAACCGAACCGAGCAAUGAACUGGACACUGGACCUGUAGGCGUAGGCAAUCUGUUCGUUCCGAUCAUCAAUGGAAGUGAAUGAGUUAAAAAUUAUCUGAGUCUAAAGAAAUUUGUCCCUGAAAACUGCGAAACGAAGCUGGUUCCCUGAUCAGUGCACUUCCAGAGAAUGUGCCACUGAUUACUAGAAAUCCCUAGCUAAAUGGAAGCACUGCCACAGCUCUAAGAUAGAUAAUUCUAGUGUCUAUGUGCUCACAAAAAAGAAAUGGCACAAAUAAUUUCAGCAGCGAGACGCAAAGUUAAAGGCCGAGGGGGGAAUUAUGAGGAUCUUGAUGGCCAUGUCGAUCCAGCUCCUCACUCUCCACCAGAUUCCUUACGGAGUGAACAGGGUGCUCAGCAUUCAAUUUAUGGAGGCGAUGAUAGCAAUGAUCUCCUUGGCCAAGAAAUUGAAAUGACAUCAGUAUCUGUGGUGCCUGACGAUACCUUUACUGUAACCCAAGCAGUAAAUGCAUUUGGGUUUGGAAAAUUUCAAGUACAAUUAUCACUAUUUACUGGACUGUGCUGGAUGGCGGAUUCUAUGGAAAUGACCAUUUUAAGUAUACUUUCACCUGCUCUUCAUUGUGAAUGGCAUAUAACACGGUAUCAGCAAGCUCUCACAACAACUGUUGUAUUUCUGGGGAUGAUGCUUAGCUCUACCUUUUGGGGUAAUGUGAGUGACCGAUAUGGCAGAAAAAAGGCGCUUACAAUGUGUGCUGUCCUUCUUUUCUACUAUGGGCUCUUGAGCUCUUUAGCACCUAAUUUUCUUUGGAUUCUCUUUCUACGAGGGCUUGUUGGUUUUGCCAUUGGCUGUGUACCCCAAUCUGUGACACUUUAUGCCGAGUUCCUGCCUACAAAACAGAGGGCUAAAUGUGUAGUUCUGCUUGAUUGCUUUUGGGCACUAGGUGCUUGCUUUGAAGUUCUUUUAGCUUUGUUGGUGAUGCCCACUAUGGGGUGGCAAUGGCUAUUGGCUCUGUCAACCACACCUCUUUUGGUAUUUGCGUGCAUCUGCCCUUGGCUUCCUGAAAGUGCUCGCUAUCAUGUUGCUUCAGGACAGCCAGACAAAGCCUUAGAAACGUUGCAAAAGGUUGCUAAAGACAAUGGGAAACCAAUGCUAUUAGGUCGUCUUGUUGUGGAUGAUGCUAGUAUGGGACGGCGAGGCCGUAUAAGAGAUCUUCUUGGAGCUGAACUACGACGAACAUCACUCCUUUUGUGGUUUAUAUGGAUGGCAUGUGCAUUUUGUUACUACGGCGUGGUGCUGAUGACAACAGAAUUGUUUGAGGCCUCUGCCAAUCGAUGUGCUUCUGAUGGAGGAUCUUUCUCAAGUCAAAUUAAGCCUGUUGAAACUUGCUCUGCUGAUUGUAAGGAACUUACUACAACUGAUUACAUCGACCUUCUGUGGACUACCUUGGCAGAAUUUCCUGGGAUUUUUGCCACAAUAUUUGUAAUUGAACGCUUUGGACGCAAACGUACUAUGGCUGUGCAAUUUGUUAUAUUUGCUGUUUGUAUUUACUUCUUGCUGAUCUGCAGUGCUGAACGAAGCUUUUUAACAGCUAUGCUGUUUAUGGCCCGAGGAAUCAUAGCUGGGGUUUUCCAAGCAGCAUAUGUGUACACCCCUGAAGUGUACCCAACCCCUUUGCGUGCAGUAGGUGUUGGAAGCUGCAGUGCUAUGGCUCGCCUUGGUGCUAUGGUCACACCCUAUGUAGCCCAGGUCUUGUUAAAUUCAUCACUCCCAUUGGCCAUGACCGUUUAUGGACUAGCAGCUCUGCUGGCAGCAGUUGCUUGUUUCUUGCUCCCAAUUGAAACCAAGGGGAAAGAAAUGAAGGAAUCUGUAAGUGGACCUCAAUUGCAUAGGCCUCAACCCACACAGCCAACUACUGCUUCUCAGUAGGUUACUAGACAAGAAAUUCUAUUUAUGUAACUGUUUUUGUUAUUGUUAAUUUUUGCUUCUAGUUUAUACUUUUUGUUAAUAUUUUGUGUAUGUACCUUUGCACCACUUUCAAAUAAUUAGAUAAUACGACUAAGUACUUUUAGUAUAAAUGUUGCGGGCUGCAGACAUUAUUUUUUGUAUCCUUAAUUUGCUAAAAACUUUCCUGAUAGUGUGAUGUAUUUUAUUACCAUGACGUCAUUAGUAAGUGACAUUUUGUGCACCAAAGACUGAUGUGAUUUUUGACUGUUUGUUUAGCGGAGGGCCUUGAAGCUCGAUUUGUGUUUCAAGUAGUUUGCCAAAAUUAAUUAUAAAUCGCAUUCUUGUCUGUCCUGAAGAGUAAUCUUCAUCUGUCCCUUUUGACUACAAUCUGUUGUUUUAGUGUUUUUGUUUUGUGGGUAUCAUUUCACUUGUAACAGCUUUUUAUCACAUUUUUGCCAAAUACCCAUUUUUUAUUAUUUAUUUAUUUAUUACUAUCUAUGGUCGUGCUUACCACUAUCCACAAAAAUGAAAUAAAGAUACUCAAAUGCUG